CAUCUCAUUCUCACCAACCCGACCCCGAGCGAAUUCAUCCGCCACCGUAGCAAUCCGCUCGACUGAGUACGAGAGUUGUUGGGGUGGAGCUGUGCCCGAUCCUGCUGCCAUGGCGUCGUCGUCGUCGUCGCUGCUUCGCCGCGGAGCCAAAGCCGGCGUGGGCGCCGGGAGACGGUGGUGUCCGGCUGAAGUGGUGCGGCGGCUGGUGUCGUCGUCGUCGGGGGCUACGGCGCCCGAGAAGGCUCCCGUGCGGUCGCCGCCGGAGAUGCCGCCGUUCGAGCACCGGCCCAGGCCGUACGCCGGGUGGAGCGGCGAUGAGAUCCUCGAGAGGAGGAAGCGGUUUCUGGGGCCAUCUGUGUUCUACUACUACCAGAAGCCGCUGAACAUUGUGGAAGGGAAGAUGCAGUAUCUGUAUGAUGAGCAUGGGAAGAGAUACCUCGAUUGCUUCGGAGGCAUUGUAACAGUGUCAUGUGGCCAUUGCCAUCCGGAUAUUGUGAAUGCUGUGGUGGAGCAGACUAAGUUGCUCCAGCACACCACGACCAUCUACUUGAACCAACCCAUUGUCGAGUUUGCAGAAGCACUCGUGUCCAAAAUGCCGGGCAAUCUCAAGGUGGUGUAUUUUGUGAAUUCUGGGACUGAAGCGAAUGAACUGGCAAUGCUGAUGGCUCGGCUGUACAGUGGGAAUCUCAAUAUGAUUGCAUUGAGAAAUGCAUAUCAUGGUGGCAGUGCUGGAACAAUAGGAUUGACAGGUUUGCAGACGUGGAAGUACCCAAUUCCUCAGGGAGAAAUACAUCAUGUCAUGAACCCUGACCCUUACCGUGGUACUUUCGGGUCUGAUGCUGUAGCUUAUGCCAAGGAAGUCGAAGAACAUAUAAAUUAUGGCACCUCUGGAAGAGUGGCAGGUUUCAUUGCAGAAACUUUUCAAGGCGUAGGAGGUGCAGUUGAACUAGCUCCUGGAUACUUAAAGUUAGCUUAUGACACUGUCCGGAAGGCUGGUGGUGUUUGCAUAGCCGAUGAAGUGCAGAGUGGGUUUGGUCGUACUGGAAGUCACUACUGGGGAUUUCAGACGCAAGAUGUUAUUCCUGACAUUGUAACAAUGGCAAAGGGAAUUGGAAACGGUCUACCAUUGGGGGCAGUUGUAACAACGCCUGAGAUUGCAAAUGUGCUUGCACAAAAAAUCCAAUUUAACACAUUUGGUGGAAACCCUGUUUGUUCCGUUGGUGGACUUGCUGUGCUUAAGGUUCUUGACAAGGAGAAGCGCCAGGCCCAUUGUGCUGAUGUCGGAUCUCAUUUGGUGAAUCGUCUAAAAGAGCUCCAGCAAAAGCAUGAAAUUAUUGGAGAUGUUAGAGGGAGGGGAUUGAUGCUUGGGGUGGAGCUUGUGACCGAUAGGAAGGAGAAGACACCCGCCAAGGCUGAGACCAGUGUAUUGUUUGAGAAACUCAAGGAUCUCAACAUUUUAGUUGGAAAAGGUGGCCUGCAUGGUAAUGUCUUCAGGGUAAAACCACCAAUGUGCUUUUCAAGGGAUGAUGCAGAUUUCUUGGUGGACGCCAUGGACUAUGCAAUGUCAGGUCUGUGAGAAAUCCGCCAUGAACAUCAAAGCGUGCCGUCUGUCAUCCGCUACACAAGAUGCAUGUCAUGAUGCUACCGAUAGCCUCCCAGCCUGUUUACAUGUACAUGUUCUUGGUUGAUGUGCUGUGUAAUGGUGACACUGUGUCUCGUGGUGAUUCUGGUGAAGUAGAAAAUCCCUAAUAAAAUGAAGAAAAACACCAUGUUGCUCUGGCAUUCUCGUUGUAAAAGAGGUGGUUCUGAAAAAAGGGCAUGGAGAUUGGAAAGAAAACUGUUAAAUGCAUGCUUUUCCA